AUGGCGGCUGCAUUGGCCGGAGAUGAGCUUGUGGGGUCAGUGAGCAGUGGGAGGAGGACUCAUGGAUCAUUGAGCAAGAGAAGUUGGGCUUCGACGAGUUUCAGAGAACUGUGGAGUGGGCAGGGGGAUGUGUUUCAGCGCAGUGGGAGGUUAGCAUAUGAUGAUGAGGAGGAGUUGAAGUGGGCUGCAAUAGAGAGGCUUCCUACGUUUGAUAGAUUAAGAAAAGGAAUGCUUAAGCAGGUUUUGGAUGAUGGAAAAGUUGGUUAUGAAGAGAUUGAUGUUACCAAUCUUGGGAGGGUGGACAAGAAGCAUCUCAUGGAAUAUAUUCUCAAGGUCGCUGAAGAGGACAAUGAGAAAUUUCUUCUAAGGCUUAGAGAAAGGACUGAUAGGGUUGGGAUUGAGAUUCCACAGAUUGAAGUCCGGUUCGAGCAUUUAUCAGUAGAAGGGGAUGCAUAUAUUGGAACCAGAGCACUUCCCACUCUGCUGAAUUCCUACAGGAACACCAUAGAAGGAAUUCUUGGAUUUGUUAAGCUAUUCCCGUCAAAGAAAAGAGUAGUCAAGAUACUUCGUGACAUGAGUGGAAUAGUUAAGCCAUCAAGAAUGACUCUGCUUCUGGGACCUCCGGGAUCAGGGAAGACAACAUUUCUUCAAGCACUUGCUGGCAAGACGGAUAAUGAUCUAAGGGUAUCCGGAAGAGUCACUUACUGUGGUCAUGAAUUUUCAGAGUUUGUUCCUCAAAGAACAUGCGCUUAUAUCAGCCAGCAUGAUCUGCACCAUGGUGAGAUGACAGUCAGAGAAGCAUUGAAUUUUUCAGGAAGAUGCUUGGGGGUUGGAACCAGAUACGAGCUACUGGCAGAAUUAUCUAGACGAGAAAAAGAAUCAGGAAUCACACCGGAUCCUGAGAUAGAUGCCUUCAUGAAAGCCACAGCUCUGGCAGGACAAGAAACCAGUUUAGUAACAGACUAUGUUCUGAAGAUACUUGGAUUAGAUAUAUGUGCUGAUGUUUUAGUGGGUGAUGAGAUGAGAAGGGGCAUAUCUGGUGGACAAAAGAAGCGUCUUACUACAGGAGAAAUGCUGGUUGGACCAGCAAAAGCUUUUUUCAUGGAUGAAAUAUCUACUGGUUUAGACAGUUCAACCACGUUCCAAAUCAUCCAGUUUAUGAGGCAGAUGGUUCAUAUAAUGGAUGUCACCAUGAUAAUUUCUCUUUUGCAACCUGCACCUGAAACCUUUGAACUCUUUGAUAACAUUAUCUUAGUUUCGGAGGGUCAUAUUGUCUACCAAGGUCCACGAGAGAAUGCACUAGAAUUUUUUGAGAGUGUAGGUUUCAAAUGUCCAGAAAGGAAAGGAGUGGCAGACUUCCUGCAAGAGGUUAUUUCUAGAAAGGACCAAGAACAAUACUGGUUUAAAAAGAACGAACCAUACCGAUAUAUUAGUGCAUUGGAAUUUUCGGAUUAUUUCAAAAACUUCCACAUUGGCCAAAACCUGUCUGAAGAACUUGGAAAUCCCUAUGACAGAUCUAAAACUCAUCCUGCAGCAUUAUCGAAAAAAAUGUAUGGGAUCUCAAACUGGGAACUCUUCAAGGCAUGCUUUGCAAGAGAGUGGCUAUUGAUGAAGCGCAACUCCCCUCUAUAUGUAUUCAAGACAACACAGAUCACAAUCAUGUCAAUAAUUUCCAUGACCGUAUUUUGGAGAACAGAAAUGAAGCACGGCAGAUUAGAAGAUGGUGGGAAAUUUUAUGGUGCACUAUUUUUCAGUCUCAUAAAUGUAAUGUUCAAUGGGAUGACAGAGCUUGCAAUGACUAUAUUCAGGCUUCCUGUAUUUUUCAAACAGAGAGAUCUCUUGUUACAUCCAGCAUGGGCUUUCUGCUUACCAAUUUCGGUUCUCAGGAUUCCUGUAUCAUUGAUAGAAUCAGGAAUAUGGAUCAUACUCACGUAUUACACUAUCGGUUUUGCUCCUGCAGCUAGUAGGUUUUUCCGCCAGCUAUUGGCGUUAUUCAGUGUGCAUCAGAUGGCCCUAUCUCUGUUCCGUUUCAUUGCAGCUCUUGGAAGAACACAAAUAGUUGCAAGCACACUUGGCACCUUCACGCUGCUAUUGGUUUUUGUCCUUGGUGGAUUCAUUGUUGCCAAAGAUGACAUUGAACCAUGGAUGAUAUGGGGCUACUAUAUUUCUCCCAUGAUGUAUGGACAAAAUGCAAUUGUCAUCAAUGAAUUUCUUGACAAAAGAUGGAGUGCACCCAAUAUUGACCCAAGAAUCUCUGAACCUACAGUUGGAAAGGCUCUUCUAAAGACCAGAGGCAUGUUUACAGAAGAAUACUGGUAUUGGAUAUGCAUAGGGGCACUCCUUGGCUUUUCACUGCUUUUCAACAUCUUGUUUAUUGCAGCACUGAAUUAUCUGAACCCUUUCGGAGAUUCUAAAUCCAUUAUUCUGGAGGAUGAUGACAAGCAUAGAAGUAUCGAUAUGGCCGUGAAGAAACCUAAGAAACGAGGAAUGGUCCUGCACUUUCAGCCUUUAUCACUUGCAUUUGAUCAUGUGAACUACUAUGUUGAUAUGCCUGCUGAAAUGAAGAGCCAAGGAAUUGAAGAGGAUCGCCUCCAAUUGUUACGAGAUGUUAGUGGUGCUUUUAGGCCUGGAAUUCUAACAGCAUUGGUUGGUGUAAGUGGUGCAGGAAAGACUACCUUAAUGGAUGUGCUAGCAGGAAGGAAAACUAGUGGUUAUAUUGAAGGAAGUAUCAGCAUUUCUGGUUACCCAAAGAACCAAGCAACUUUUGCCCGAGUUAGCGGUUAUUGUGAACAAAAUGAUAUCCAUUCUCCAAAUGUAACUGUUUAUGAAUCUCUUCAGUACUCUGCCUGGAUGCGCCUUGCUAAGGAUAUUACAAAGGAAACACGACAGAUGUUUGUGGAGGAAGUCAUGGAUUUGGUUGAGCUACAGCCACUGAGGAAUUCCUUAGUAGGCCUUCCUGGAAUAAAUGGUCUGUCAACAGAACAGAGAAAGAGAUUAACCGUAGCUGUAGAGUUGGUUGCAAAUCCCUCUAUAAUCUUCAUGGAUGAGCCAACAUCAGGUCUUGAUGCAAGGGCUGCUGCAAUCGUCAUGCGUACAGUGAGAAAUACUGUGAAUACAGGGAGGACUCUUGUCUGCACUAUUCAUCAGCCAAGCAUAGACAUUUUUGAAGCCUUUGAUGAGCUACUUCUGAUGAAGAGAGGUGGACAAGUUAUUUAUGCCGGACCCCUUGGCCGCUGUUCUCAAAGGCUGAUAGAAUAUUUUGAAGCUAUUCCAGGAAUUACUAAGAUCAGAGAUGGUUACAAUCCUGCAACAUGGAUGCUGGAAAUUAGUUCUCCUACAGUUGAGACACAACUCAAUGUGGACUUUGCUGAUAUAUAUCAGAAGUCUGAACUUUAUAAGAAGAAUCACGAACUUAUUGAAGAACUAAGCACUCAAGUCCCAGGAUCCAAAGACCUUCACUUCCCCACUAAAUACUCUCAGUCUUUUCUUACUCAAUGCAAAGCUUGCUUCUGGAAACAACAUUGGUCAUACUGGAGGAACCCGCCGUACAAUGCCAUCCGGCUCUUUUUGAGCAUAGUUGUCGGUACUGUUUUCGGACUUAUUUUCUGGAACAAAGGAGAAAAAACACACAAGGAACAAGACCUACUCAAUCUGAUGGGAGCCAUGUAUUCUGCCAUUAUCUUCCUGGGAGCCACCAACACUGCCUCAGUGCAGCCUGUUGUGGCAAUUGAAAGAACAGUAUUCUACCGCGAAAGAGCAGCAGGGAUGUACUCUGCAUUGCCUUAUGCAUUUGCCCAGGUGGCAAUUGAGACAAUUUACGUUGCCGUCCAAACUCUGGUGUAUAGUCUCAUCCUUUAUUCAAUGAUCGGCUUCCCUUGGAGAGUUGACAAGUUUUUUUGGUUCUACUACUUCAUAUUGAUGUGCUUUAUCUACUUCACAUUGUAUGGCAUGAUGCUUGUAGCUCUCACUCCAGGCCACCAAAUUGCAGCCAUUGUGAUGUCCUUUUUCCUAAGCUUCUGGAACCUCUUCUCUGGUUUCCUCAUCCCUAGGACGCAAAUACCAAUAUGGUGGAGAUGGUACUACUGGGGUUCUCCGGUGGCUUGGACAAUCUAUGGACUUGUGACUUCCCAAGUGGGAGACAAAACUUCAUUAGUUGAAGUUCCAGGACAAGCUCGCAUGUCAGUGCAGACUUACCUUAAGACAAGAUUAGGCUUUGAAUAUGACUUCCUUGGAGCUGUUGUUGUUGCCCAUAUUGGUUUCGUGCUCCUGUUCUGUUCGUCUUUGCCUACGGCAUCAAGUAUCUCAACUUCCAAAGGAGAUGAGGAAGCAUACUGGUUUUACUAUCUGUCAAAAGAGGCAGCACAUUGCUGGAUGGAAGUGAUUAGGCUUCCCAAAAAUAUCAUUAUUGAGAGGCUAGUGGUCAAAACAGACGCAUUUUGA